CUUAGGUUAGGUUAGGUUAGGUUAUGUUAACCACGGUUUAGCUACGCGCCUGUUUUGACGCGAACGUUAUGCGCGAUUCCGAUUCUCCGGACGAGGAGAAACGGUCUCUCCUCGUCGACGUCCUGUCAUAAUGCUACAAUUGACUAAACUUGUGCCUAAAAUUAUCCGUGGAUUCGUGCAAUGUGCGUGCGUGACGUACUGCAUGUACGAGUACGUGGGCGACAUCGUCGUGUGCAGUGGUCCAUCCAUGGAGCCUACGUUGUAUACCAACGAUGUAUUGCUUCUAGAACGAAUAUCAGUUAGAUUACAAAGACUCGAGAAGGGGGACAUUGUCAUUUCCAAGUGUCCUAACAAUCCACAGCAGAAUAUAUGCAAGCGAAUUGUAGGCUUGCCUGGCGACAAAAUAAGAAAUGAUUUCACUGUAACAACGAUACCUUAUGGACAUGUUUGGCUGGAAGGCGAUAACAGAAAUAAUUCUACAGACUCACGGAUGUAUGGACCAGUACCUCAAGGAUUGUUACGUGGACGAGCUUUAUGUAAAAUACUUCCGUUGAGAGAUAUGACUAUGUUCACCACCAAAUGUGCUACCUAAAUUAUUUUUUACAUAAAAUAGAUAUUUAAGAUUGUAAAAAUGUUCACUUAACUAUGCUUUAGUUAGAUUUAAUUUAAGAAAAUAAAAAUUUUUGUAUAUAUGUAUAUAUGCAAAUUUAAAUAUGCAUUAAAUAUUUAUAUGCAUAUAUAUAUAUAUGUAUGUUUACAUAUACUAGAUUUAUAUUUUCUUUUAGAAACAUGUCCACACUUGUCGAUGUUGAUUAUUUUGUUCUUCUGAAUCUCUUAUAUUGUGUACAUAAAUACAAAAUAUUAUAAUUUUAGAGUUGUGGUGUAAAUUUCAAGAUUAUGUAUUAUAUAUUUUAUUUAUGUAUUGUUAUGUAAGGAUUACACGAAUCUUUUAUAUAGACAAUAUAAGUUUGAUAAUAACAUAACAAAAAAAGUAAGUUAUAAAAUUAUUAAUAUGAUUUUUGACUAAUAAAGUAAACAAGAUAUUAAAAAUAAA